AUGAGCGGGUCGAAUAUUGACGUGCCGUUACCUGAGCAUUCUACGGCGCAUUCGACCUGUCUAAAUGACAGCUUUUCUGCUGCUGACGAGGACAAUCACCCUGUCUCUGAAAGCGACAAAGCUCACGAGGUCGCUAAGCAAACAUCACAUUCCCCUCUGGGUCUAACAUUGCAGUCCCCAGUAGCUCGAGGAGAGCCGGUUGGAUCAGGAAGCAAUCUCGAUUUUUCUCAUGUAUCCAGGGGUCAAUUGCCUGAAGUGGGGACUCUCCCCGGAGGAAGCACUGCAGGCUCGCUGCCCUCAUUGAGCUCGCAAAGGAGUAACUUGACUCGAGGCCUUUCCUCGCGUAAUCCUUCCAGUGGGCAAGAACAUGAUGUUGCAUCAAGUUCAGGGACUGAGCGCUCCCCCCAGUUAGCCCGCAGUCACAAAAGAACAGCUACUGGCGAGAUUAAGCCCUCGAACACAUCAGUAGCACCUCCUAGCCCCGGAACGAUUAGCGCGGAGGGGCAUCCAGCUGAGAGUAUCGGCUGGCGCUCGCGUGGAAGUAGGAUCGCUGCGGUAAAUUGGCCUUGUAAUUCUAUAUUCUGCAUUAUCCUGCUGGUGCUGAUAUCAAAGACUCAGUUGUCCGUUCACCUUCGUACUCGUUUGUCGUACGCUGCAGCCAAGAUAGAGAAAAGCAGGCAAUCUCUCAACACGCAGGAGAAACUGCCAUUGGAUUUGCUAAAAGAAAGCUCCUCCACUCCCCCGGUCAUUGUCAAAGGUGCACCAAACACUGAUGGUUCGCGCCGGCGAGACAAGGACUCUCCAAACGGUUCGCCAGUCUCCGCGCCAGAUAUACCUAUCCAGUCCAAUUUCUUCUCUCCACACACACGGGUCUCACCUGCUGCGCGGUCAGACGAUCUAUCAUCUGUUUCCCAAUCAAAAUACUCUCCCGGAUCACCAUUCUCAUCUAAAAGAAUGUCGGCAACACCGACACUCGCACCUCCCGCAGACAUUGUUCCAAGUGGUAGUAGCAGCUCCCGCCGCAGGCGGCCGAAUCCAAAUCAAGCACUUGAAGCUUCACGCUACAUCGCAUCGUUUGAUGACAGGCAGCAUCGUUUCCAGCAUGAAUCUACUAAUGGUUCACAGAAGAUUCUCGUGCCGGGAACACCUCCCCUCCAAUCGUUAUCUCAGCAGACGUCGACGCCAUAUAACGGCCUGUCGAGGCAGUCAACGCAUUCGCAAAAUGCAUCAAUGGAACAAGACGCCAUUGAAACCUUAUUAUUCAUGUCCAGUCCUGGUAAUUCAGCUUACCACCCGAGUUCCCAGAGACAGCAAAGUACUUCGCACAUCAGCCAAACGUCACUAAGCACGGAAUCGAGCACCCGCGGGAGUCAGCUGCAAGACUCUCAGGCAGCUGGGGAAGAUCAUCGUCGGGCAGGUCAAGCUCGCUACUUGGAAGCGCAAGCGGGGGACGAGAUUGAUCGCAUGCUUGACCAGAUGGAAGAUAGCGACAGCGAUAACGAAAGUAAACCUAUAUACCGUUGA